AUGGGUCGUGCUAUUUUGUGUGUUUUGUUUGUGAUUUUCGAUUAUGGAUUGUGUUAUAUUAACCUGGCAGAUAUAGAAUGCGGUGCCCAAUCCUUUAGGAAUGCACGUAUUGUGGGUGGAACGAGCAGUCAGCCAGCUGAGUUUCCAUGGGCUGCUAGCAUCUGGAGACAAGGCACCCAUCAGUGUGGUGCCACAGUCAUCAGUGAUCGUUGGUUGAUCACAGCUGGGCAUUGUGUUUGCAAUGUAUUCGAUACCUUUUAUAAGGCGAAACAGCUGACAGCUGUCGUUGGCUUCACGGAUAUAUCAACUUCGGAUAGAAAUGAAGCGUUAUCAAGCAUAGUACCACAUCCCGACUACAGAUGCAAAAAGAAGACCAACGAUGUUGCCUUACUGAAAACAAUUCGUCAGCUAAUAUGGAGUAGUUCUAUUCGACCUGCAUGUCUACCGCAACCUUUAGAUUCAGACUACAGUGGACAGUUGGCUACGGUAGCUGGUUGGGGCUUCACUCACGAAGAUAGGGGUAUCGGCGAGAGGCCCAACGUUCUUCAGAAGACUGACGUUCUAGUUGUUGACAACGAUGUCUGCAACGAUUGGUAUAAAUCCCAAGGUAGCAAAGUUCGGAUAAUUGGUACUCAGAUGUGCGCAGGACACGAGAGUGGUGGUAGAGAUUCUUGUUGGGCUGACAGCGGCGGCCCUCUAAUGACUAAAAAUGAAAAUGGUCACACUACGCUCAUAGGAGUUGUUUCAACUGGUAGUGGAUGUGCAAGAGCAAAGAUGCCUGGUAUCUACACAAGAGUAUCUCGAUACACAGAAUGGAUACAGGCAAGUGUUAGUGAAGACACAUCACGAUCUAGUUUAAGAUGGUUUUCGGGAGCACGUUAG